CGUCGUCGCCAAAGCUUCGUCGGCUGCCGGCAGUGCGUUAGUUCAGUUUCGCGAUGGAACGACCGGUGUCACGACCGUCGACGUUCGUCCUCGAAAAUAAAUACGCUUCCGUUACACGUGCGACUUCGAUUAUUGUUCUAGUCGAAUUUCUUAUAAACUAUUUUUUUUUUUUUUAAUAUAUAUAAAUAUUUCUAACAAACAUUUAUAAAAGUUUCCAAUCAAAAAACUGUUACGCUAUCCGCAAGCAGAUGGACGACGCUACUAGACAACGACUAUGAGACGGGUAUCGCAAUAUAAUCAUCAUCACUAUCACCACCAUCACAAUCACCAUGAUAAAUGUCGCAAGCACUCGGCUAGCCGGCGGGGCCAGCAUAGGUGGCCCGAAGUCGCAGUGACCGUGUACUUGACUGUGGCUGUGGCCGUCAUAUUGAGUUACUGGAACGGACUCAACGGUGAUUUCGUACAUGAUGAUAUACCCGCCAUUACGAUGAAUGGAGACGUUUUAGGCACAAAUCCAAUUUUACAAGUAGUAACCAACGAUUUCUGGGGUACUCCUAUGGCUGAUCCUAAUAGCCACAAAUCGUACAGACCUCUAACGACGCUAACGUUCAGGAUGAAUCAUUACAUGUUUGGCCUAGAACCCGUUUGGUUUCACCUUAUCAACGUUGUUCUCCAUGGACUGUGCAGUGUACUCUUCGCUAGACUUUGUAUAGCCGUGGCUGGAUUACAAUACAAGUACGGGGUAUUAGCUGGAGUGGUAUUCGCCAUCCAUCCUAUUCAUACAGAAGCGGUCACGGGUAUUGUCGGAAGAGCUGAUAUUUUGGCCUGUUUAUUUUUUUUACUUUCCUUUUUAACGUACCAUGAGUCACAGAAAAAAUCUAAAGAACAAGUGCUAUUAAGUUGCACAUUUGGAGCAUUGUCGAUGCUAGCCAAAGAAACAGGACUAAUGGUGCUUUUAGUAAACUUGGCUUACGACAUUUAUUCUUCGUGGACUCAUAUUAAAAAAUCAUUCAUAGAAAAAAAACAUUCAGAAGAAUCAAGAUUAUUCACAAGGAGAGCUCUGAAAACUAUUUUUGCUACAGCUAUAUUGUUAACAUUCCGGCUAUACAUGCUCCAAGGUAGUUUGCCGAAAUUCACUGAACCAGAUAAUCCAGCUGCAUUUCACGACAGUUCCCGAGUCAGACUGUUGAGUUAUUGUUAUGUGGCUGUAUUCAAUCUAUGGUUGAUGUUGUGUCCUUCGGCUUUGAGCCACGACUGGCAGAUGAACUCGUUACCAUUGGUCACGUCUGUCAACGACAUCAGAAACCUCGGGACAUGUGUUGUUGCAGCUUUUUUGUUUUGUGCGACGUGCAAGAUACUAUCGGACAUGGACAGCCAGAAACAUGUUCCUCAGGUACUUGCGGCACUUCUUCUUGUUGUUCCUUACAUCCCUGCUUCCAAUCUUUUGGUCACCGUUGGAUUUGUGGUGGCUGAGAGGGUACUUUAUAUACCGAGUAUGGGAUUAAUUUUAUGGUGUGUUUAUGGUCUUCAAACUCUAAUGAAUUCCAGAAAAUCACGUUUGCUAAAUAUAUUGAUUAAGCUCCUCGUCGGCCUUACACUUAUAGUUUUCGUUGCGAGAACCGCAAUAAGAAAUAGCGAUUGGCUUUCUAGGCCUACAAUUAUUAAAGCCGGUUUGAAAACGUUACCGCACAACGCUAAAAUGCACUAUAAUUGGGCCAACUACCGAAGGGACGUUGGAGACACGCAAACAGCUGUGAGCCAUUACAGGGAAGCACUGAGGUUAUGGCCAUCUUAUGCCAGUGCUCACAAUAAUUUGGGUACGUUGAUGGAAAGGUCCAGAGAUGCUGAACAUCAUUUUUUAGCCGCAAUUCGCUUCUCUCCUGGCCAUGUUAAUGCGCAUUACAAUUUGGGCCAAGUUUACAGAUUAAUGAAUCGCACCAAAGACGCUGUAGCUAUGCUGGAACGUUGCCUAAGACUAAAUAGUGGGUACACGGCUGCGUAUUUAUUACUGGCCAAAAUGCAUACAGGAAGCCAAACAGGACGACUAUUAAAACAUGUGGCCACGUACCAGCCAAAAAAUCCCGAUCACCAAGCUCGAUACGCAAAAUGGCUUCAUGAUAACCAUCAUUUAGCAGAAGCUUUAUUUUAUUACAAGAGGGCCAUGACAGUUAAAAUGGAACACAGGGAUUCAGUACUAGGUUUAGCCAGAGUACUUAGAGAUCAGGGACAAAAAUCAAGAGUGUAUAGACUCAUUACAUGGUGGCAGACGACCAGGAGAAGUAAUUCGGUACCAGGUGGUGGUCGAAUUGUUUUUGCUGGUGACCUUUAUGUCAAAGGAUGGCAACUUUACAAACAGGGACAAACUACAGCACCAUUGCCUUCUGGCAGCGACACAUCACGACAGUGCAACAGUGAUAGAAAAAUUGCCAUGUGUAAUAGCAUACAAUUAUCUCACGUGAUGAUUCCUGGAAAGUGACUGACCGAACGGAAAAAAGCGAAAUGAAGAUAAAAUGAAGAACACGGUUUUUACUAACUAAAUAAAAUGACACCAAAAACAUAUACAACAUGCUUCUGUCAGAUAUUUAUAUAUUAUUACAAUGUGUCCUUUAUAUGCUAAAAUAAAAUAAUUUAUGAUAUCUAUUGUAUAAGUAACAAAUAUUUAUAAUGGACUUGUGUAAUAUAGUGAUUUUAUUUAUUUAAAA